GCUAAUCCAGCCUUGGGAUGAGGUCUGGGAAGGCACCCCUCAUGUCCGUGCCUAGCAUGAACGUAUGGCCGAAUUGCCCCUCGUGGAAGAGAUGCAUGGAAAUUCGUGCUCGUCUGAUGGAAGAGCAGGACUUGCAGUGGAAUGGUGUUCCCAAAAGGUAUCGAGACUUUUACUGACUAUGAGUCUAAGAUCGCCGCUGGUCAGGAUAGUACAGCG